AUGGAUAGGACAUCGAUACUAGGAGAUGCAAUAGAUUACAUGAAGGAGCUUUUGGACAAGAUCAACAAGUUGCAUGAACUUGGAACCAACUCUCAUCGCAACAACUUCAUUACAAACGAAUCAAUGGUCAGAAACUCCCCAAAGUUUGAAGUGGAUCAAAGGGAAGUUAAUACGCAUAUUGACAUAUGCUGUUCUGCGAAACCGGGCUUGGUUCUAUCAACGGUUGGUACACUGGAGACACUAGGCUUGGAGAUUCAGCAAUGUGUCAUUAGCUGUUUCAGUGACUUCUCACUUCAGGCUUCUUGUUCCGAGGUUGCUGAGCUGAGAGAUUUCAUUACUUCGGAAGAUAUAAAGAAAGCGUUGUUAAAAAACGCAGGCUAUGGAGGAAGAUUUUUGUAA